GUGCGCGUUGGAGGCUCCAGAAGACGCUCGUGGAGGUUCAGGAGGCUCGGAUGUGGGCGGGGACUGUGUCUGAGGUCUCCCUGUCCGCAGCGACGCACCGCGCAUUUUGGACUCGGAAAGCUGCACCAUCCGAGCAAACAUCAUGGCAACGACUACCUGCACACGCUUCACAGAUGAAUACCAGCUGUACGAGGAGCUUGGCAAGGGGGCUUUUUCUGUGGUUCGCCGCUGUGUCAAACUCUGCACAGGACAAGAGUAUGCUGCAAAAAUCAUCAACACCAAAAAGCUUUCAGCCAGAGAUCAUCAGAAGUUGGAGAGAGAGGCGAGAAUCUGCAGAUUACUCAAGCAUCCAAACAUCGUUCGCCUCCAUGACAGUAUUUCAGAGGAGGGUUUCCACUAUCUCCUCUUUGACCUGGUGACAGGAGGAGAGCUGUUUGAAGAUAUUGUUGCUAGAGAGUACUACAGUGAAGCAGAUGCCAGUCAUUGCAUCCAGCAGAUCCUGGAAGCUGUGCUCCACUGCCAUCAGAUGGGUGUUGUACACAGAGAUCUGAAGCCUGAAAAUCUCCUCCUGGCGAGCAAGUGUAAGAAUGCUGCAGUGAAACUCGCAGAUUUUGGCCUCGCAAUUGAAGUCCAAGGAGACCAACAGGCAUGGUUUGGUUUUGCAGGCACUCCCGGAUACUUGUCUCCUGAAGUUCUGAGGAAAGAGGCUUAUGGUAAACCCGUAGACAUUUGGGCAUGUGGUGUGAUUCUUUAUAUUCUUUUGGUUGGAUACCCACCAUUUUGGGAUGAAGACCAACACAAACUCUACCAGCAAAUCAAAGCAGGAGCCUAUGAUUUUCCAUCCCCAGAAUGGGACACAGUGACGCCUGAGGCUAAAAAUCUGAUCAACCAGAUGCUGACCAUCAACCCAGCCAAAAGAAUCACUGCACAGGAGGCCCUGAAGCACCCAUGGGUCUGCCAACGCUCAACAGUCGCCUCUAUGAUGCAUAGACAGGAGACUGUGGAGUGUCUCAAGAAGUUUAACGCCAGAAGGAAACUCAAGGGGGCAAUUUUGACCACUAUGCUAGUCUCCAGAAACUUCUCUGUGGGACGUCAGACUACAGCCCCUGCUGCUGUCAGUGCAGUUGCUGGGACCACUGCAGGCAUUGUUGAACAAGCAGCCAAGAGUCUCCUCAAUAAAAAGGCUGAUGUCAAGCCCCAGACUAACAGCACCAGAAACAGCAUAGUCACCAGUCCCAAAGGCAACGUCCCAUCAGCUGCACUGGAGCCUCAGACUACUGUUAUUCAUAACCCAGUAGAUGGGAUCAAGGAAUCAUCGGACAGCAGUAACACUACCAUAGAGGAUGAGGAUGUGAAAGCUCGAAAACAGGAGAUCAUAAAGAUCACAGAGCAGCUUAUUGAAGCUGUCAACAACGGAGACUUUGAGGCCUAUGCGAAGAUUUGUGACCCUGGCCUCACCUCGUUUGAGCCUGAGGGUUUGGGCAAUCUUGUGGAAGGAAUGGACUUUCACAGGUUUUAUUUUGACAAUCUUCUCUCCAAAAACAGCAAGCCCAUUCACACCACCAUCCUCAACCCUCACGUCCACAUCAUUGGUGAUGACGCUGCCUGCAUCGCUUACAUCCGCCUGACACAGUUUGUGGACGGACAGGGCCAUCCCCGGUCCAGCCAAUCAGAGGAGACUCGAGUAUGGCACCGCAGGGACAGCCGGUGGCAAAAUGUCCACUUCCACUGUUCAGGGGCCCCUGCUGCCCCAAUGCAGGGAUGAGGAGGAUGAAUUGGUGCUGUGGGAGGACAAAGAAAACCUAUGGAAAGAUCAGCAUGUUAUGACAGAGAGAGAGGAUCAGCUGGGUGCAGACCUGUCCUCUGUACACCAGCUCUCUCUUCUCUCUGAGUAACAUCACUGGACUAAAACAUGAAAGCAACACUAUCGUCAAACCUUCUGCCAAUGGCCUGGACCUAGGUGUACUUUCAAAUUAACACCAUAGUGACCCGACAUACCUAGGCGUAACCUCCUUUACCUUCCACUACAGUCAUUGUUAAAAUUCUUACUGGAUUCGGCCUGUUGUUGUACUCUUUCUAUUGUACAGUAUAUUAAUAGUCAUUCUCUUUCAUUUUGCUAUCUUUUUAUAACAAGCAUGAUUCUUCUGUAUCUGUGCUAUUGAGAGCAGUGGCUAUUAUGCACGACUUGCCUGUGGACAAUGAACAUUCAGUACUAAAGUCUCACAGAGACCAGUUGGUGUAAUAAGUUCAGUUUUUUUGCUUUCUCUUGUGUGUGUUUGACCCAGAACAGACUUUGUGUGUUGCAGUGUCCCAUGGACCCUCUGUAAAAUGUUGCACAAAUGCAGUGAAAACAUGCAGCAUGCUAAUACAGUACAUGAGCUAAUAACAUCCUGAACAUUGCAAGUAACUACUGAAAUUAAUGUAACUAUAAAUAACAAGUUAAGUAAUAACACUGUUGUGUACAUUUGCAGUUUUAUUGUGGUGAUCUAUCUCCAAUAUGCUGAAUUUAAUCGCAUGACAUUUCAUGUUAAUACAUUGAUAAUUUGGAUGUUUCUCUGUGUUUUUUAUUUUUGUUAACUAAACUGCAGAAGUGUAAAUGAAUGCCUUUUUGCACUGGGCUCUGUAAUUGCAUACAAUUUGCAAUUUAUAAUAGAAUAUUAUCACAAAUCAUAUUUGAUUUGUUUAAUCAAUAAAUUGAAUGUUAUGAAAAUUUUAAACAACUGAAUUCAAAAUUUUAGAUUUUUUCUAAUAGGCUGUUUGAGCACAAAAUGUGAAACUUCACUAAAUAACUUUUUUCCUCUAAAUUUCCAUUUACAUGGAUAGGUUUGUAUUGUUACUUUUUUACUUUAUUUUUUAUUAUUAUUAUUUUUUUAAAUCAUUUUCAUACCCACAAUUAUGUGCUGAUAAAUACACCACAGUGUAUUUUUCAAUCAAAAUGCAUUACACUGAUGGUGCGCACUGACUGAGGGCAAUAAAUAUAAGUAUCAGACAAAACUUCAGUAGCAUUGUGAAAAAUAUAAUGCUAGAGCAGCGAGCAGUUAAUGUGGACUCAGGUUGUUUAACAUUCCCCGAAACUGCAUUAGACACAAGUGUACAGUGCUUUCUACAUUUCCUUUCCACAUUUACCACUCACUGUAGACUGGCCAGCUGCAUUAUUUAUAACCAGAGUCACCACAGUGGGGUGGGCAAACAUGCCAAAAGACCCCAAAAUGGCCUUAAAAGAUGUGACUGAAUUAACGAGCAGGCUGGGAAAAGUUUCAGUUGUGAUGAUAGGCAAACUUUCCUAAAUCUAAAUUGUACAUGCACAAUAAACAUUUUAAAAUAAUCAACUGUUAAAAUGUUCUUGUCAGAGGCCUCCAGACCUCCUCUUGUGUAGGGCCUCAACAGUGUCAAUAGUGUCAAGAGACAUCUAUGUUCUUGAGGUUAGUUAAAGGUCCUACAAACAGAGAACUUAUGCAGUUAUUGAGCCAAGGGCAUAGCAAACCGUUUUCGAUGGACAUGUGAGAUUAAAAUGUAAUAAAGCUUUUUUUGAACU